UCUUCUUCCGCUUGGGUUGAGUGGAGGGGGAGGGGCGCCAUCAAUUUAGAAAUAUAGAGAAAUAAACACCGAAGGACGAUAAAUAUGAGCGAUAAUUUAAAUAGCCACGCAGCAGUAUUUCCGUUUCUAAACAAUUAAUUAAGGGAAUUAAGGACGGUUCCCCCCCGCAAUUAGACCAAACCUGGCGCCCCUCCCCGCCUCUCAGGGCUGUUCAAAGCGAUCCAUUCCCAUGAAUAAAGAUGUCACUGGUGGAUCUGGGGAAGAGACUGUUGGAGGCCGCUCGCCUAGGCCAAGAUGACGAAGUGAGGACGCUGAUGGCGAAUGGAGCUCCGUUCACCACGGAUUGGCUGGGAACGUCACCCCUUCACCUCGCGGCUCAGUACGGCCAUUAUUCCACCGCAGAAGUCCUGCUUCGGGCCGGGGUGAGCCGGGAUGCUCGGACCAAGGUGGACAGGACACCACUGCACAUGGCAGCCGCCGACGGACACUCGCACAUCGUGGAGCUGCUGAUCAGGAAUGGUGCCGACGUGAACGCCAAGGACAUGCUGAAGAUGACCGCCCUGCACUGGGCGGCGGAGCACAGCCACUGGGACGUCGUCGGGCUGCUCCUCAAACACGGGGCGGAUGUCCACGCCUUCAGCAAGUUUGAUAAGUCCGCUUUCGACAUAGCCUUGGAGAAGAACAAUCCAGAAACCCUGAUGCUGCUGCAGGGGGCGAUGCAAAACCAGGUCAAUCCGCACCAGGAUAGGAUGACCUCCAUCCCAGGCACCGUGACGGUGGGCCAGCCCUUUAUCUUGACCUCGGGAGGAGUGCUGAGUUUAGCGAGCAUCGUCUCCUCGGCAGCCACCAAACCAACCCGAGCCAUCUCAGAGGAGAUUGUGGAGACCCGUUUGGCGGACUCCCCCCUGCAACACAUGUUCAGCAGCGGCGGGCAGCGAGUGAUUGCCAUUGUGACCGACGGCAUCCCGCUGAGCGGCCUCCGGACGGCCAUCCCCGCCGGCGGCCUCAGCCAGCCAUUCAUCAUCACCAUGCAGAACGGGCAGCAAGUUCUCACUGUGCCUGCUGGCCAGGUGGCAGAGGAGAUGGUCGUUGAAGAGCAAAGCGAAGAGAAUCACGUAGUGGAGGAGGAAGAGCUCCCGGCCAAGAAGAUAAAAGUGGAAGAAGAUGGGGACGAUUAUGAGGAAAGCCAGGACGAUAGCGAACGCGAGGCCUUGCAGCUGCAACUCCAGGAGGCCAACCGCAAGGCCCAGGAGUACCGGAGCUGGCUCUGGAAGAAGGAGCGGGAGGCGGAGCGGUACCGGCUGAAGCUGGAAGCCAUGGCCGGGCACCAGACCAACGGGACGGAGGCCGAGGAGGGAGGCGAGGUAAACUCGGCCGCGGCGUCCUCGGAAGGGGCAGCCGGGCCCGCGGCGGAAGCAGCCCUACCAGCCAGCAUCAAGGCAGAGACGGUAACGUUGUAACCUCCCGAGCGGCUUCUCCGAAGAGGGAGGAAACGAGUGCGGCCAGAUGACACUUGCGGACUCUGGCGAAAUCGGGACACCGGAUCGCUCGCGCGGGCCAGAGCCGUUGGAACCCCAGCCUCCUUUUUGCCCGCCUUUAGCGGCCCGUGGCUCUUCACUUUGCCUUUCCGCGCGCGGCCCUGAAAUGAAACAAACCUCGCUUUUUAUUACCCUGCACCGUCCAGAGAGAUAUUUUUGUAAACAGAGACCCCCGUGGGUGCCUUCACGACAGCCAGCCGGUGUCCCGAGAGCCCUCUUCAAUACGACAGGGCGGCUUCGUCGGGAGGCCUUGCCCGUCUUUGGAGCGUGGCGGAGCAGCGCUGUUUGUCCCGGACAGUCCUUUGGUGCUGCCCUCCUCAGGAGCAGGAAAGGAGAGCAGGUGAAUGGAGCUCGGCCGAGGGCACCGCUCUGGGCGCACGCGGUGCUAACGUAAGCAGAAAUGGGUGCGGAGAGGAUCAGCCAGUUAGCUGUGCCUUAAACACGGGUCAUCGAGGGCGGACGCCGCCUCCUCCCGGCACUGCUGUGGGCGCCGGUUGUCCACAGCCCCCCUUCACGCCUGGAGAUCUUUGAGCAGAAUUCAGAGAAGAUCCAGGUCUGAUUUUUUUUUUUUAAGGAAUUCUUUUGACAGAACACCCCCAGUUUUGUAGGUGCAAUACAUGCAGAAAGGUAUCGGCUGGAUAUUAGGAAAAAGUUCUUCACUGU